AUGGGCGAGCCAUCCCUUUCCCAACCCAAGCCCCAACCUCUCUCCCUGUCACCAUCCCCAGUGUCCGCCGCAUCACCCACCCCUACCCCCACCGCCUCCACAUCCACCUCCCCCGCCACCGCCGCUGCCUCACGCCCCAAGAAGGCGCCUCCCUCCUCCGACUCCAACCCGCCGAAGAAGCCCCGCCUGACGUUUGCGGUCUCGGGCCGACUGUCCUUCGACGGCGAGGUGGGUCGCCACCUGCGCGACGCUGACCCCACCCUCACCACCGUCAUCAAUGCCCAUGGCCCCCUCGUGUUCCAGUGCCCGUAUCACCUGUUCCACUCCCUCGUUCGAUCCAUCCUCUACCAGCAGCUCGCCUUCAAGGCCGCCACCUCCGUCUACUCUUGGUUCCUCUCGCUCCUCGACGGCGAGGCCAGCGUGACCCCCGACCGAUUUUUUUUAUUUUAG